AUGUAAUAAAAUAAAUUUGAUUAUUCUUUAUCAUUAUUUAAUUGUCAAAUUAAGAAAAAGAAACUCAUUGGCUUGUUUAAUCGAUACAUUUACUUAUUUGAAGACAAAUUGAUAAUUAACAAAGAUUCAAAAAAAGGAUACCCAAUGAAAAUCUACUCUUGGACUUAAAUUAAGAAGGUUAUAUGGAAAUAUAAAAAAUCAAAGAAAACUCCAAACACCACAACACUCAGAAACAUCAUUAUUGUCACAGAAAAAGAACAAAAGAAAUAUUAUGGAGAGUCUGAAACCUUAUUGGCUUUAAAAAGAAUCCUCGCAAAAUUUGUGUAUCAAGAGAGUAUCCAAGAUGAAUUCGAGCGUUUACAGACCCUCGGAUAAGGCAGCUAUUCACUUGUUGUUCAAUUAAGACAUUUACAUUCAAAUUUAUAAUUUGCUGCCAAAUGCAUUGAUAAAAAACAAUUAUCCAAUAUUGAAAAUGGAAUAAAGGCAGUUCAAAAUGAAAUUUACAUCAUGAGAAUACUGAGUCCACACACCCAAAUUGUUAAUCUCCAUGAAGUCUAUGAUGGUGAUAACAACAUAUAUUUGAUUAUGGAUUUCUGUUAAGGUGGAAGCCUUUUAACUGAAAUCAAGAAGAGACAGUGCAAAUUUGAUGAUUACGAGAUCCAACAAGUAUCACAAUAUUCUUAAUCUAGAUUAUGGAAAAUAUUCUAUCAGCCAUUGAAUAUAUUCAUAGUAAAGAUGUAAUGCAUAGAGAUUUAAAACCAGAGAAUAUUUUAUUUUCUAAUCCUAAUGAUUUUUCGACUCUCAAAAUUGCCGAUUUCGGCUUAGCUGCCAUCAGUAAACUCACUCCCUACUUAUUUCCUAAAUGUGGCACACCUGGAUUUGUAGCGCCUGAAAGUAUAAAAUAAUAAUAGAACAAGUUGCUAAUAUGAAUGAUAAAUCUAGGGGAUAUAGUAAAAAAUGUGAUAUUUUUAGUUGCGGAGCUAUAUUUCAUCUACUUCUAUUGGGAAAGGAAGUAUUUCAGGGUAAAGGUAACGCUGAAAUGCUUAAAUUGAAUAAAGAAUGCAAUAUCAAUCCUUCUGAUGAUUUAUAUAGCGCCUUACCUCCUUUAACCAAGGAUCUAUUGUAAAUACUUUAUUUUAUUUUCCAAGAUUUAAAAUGUUGGAAGUCAAUCCUGAAAACAGACUUGAUGCCUAUGAACUUUUGCACCAUCAAUACUUUAAAAUUUAUUAAUUUAACAAAUUAAGUGACUUAAAUGAACAGGAAAUUAUGAAAUAGUGA